GCGCAAAGGUGUCGUGUACCAUUCCUCUUCUGCACCCCUCGAUCCGGUGUCAAGUUGCAAUGGCCAAGUCUUUUCAGGCCACUUGCGCUUACGAGCGGACCGACGAGAUAGACCUAUGUUUUCUACGAGUUGUCGCGACGACCGAAUCUUCACCUACGGACUUGUCUUCGGACCCCCGAGUGGUGCGGGUGCUCGACGAGUUCACCGACAUCUUCCAGUCUCCUACCGGUGUGGUGCCGGAUCGGCCGAUCUCCAACGAGAUCAUUCUUGAGGCCGGUGCCGUGCCACUGAAAGGAUGCAUCUAUCGCAUGAGCGAGGAAGAGCUCGCGGUUCUCCGCACGCAACUCAAUGAUCUGUUUGACAAGGGCUGGAUCCGCGCUAGUAGCUCACCAUACGGUGCGCCAGUUCUCUUCGUACGAAAGAAGAACAAGGAUCUUCGCUUGUGCAUCGACUACCGCAAGCUCAACGCACAAACCGUCGAGAAUGUGGGACCUCUUUCUCGGAUUGACGACCUUCUCGAGCGUUUGGGCGGCACACAAUUCUUGUUGAAGUUGGACUUAAAGUCGGGCUAUCACCAAAUCUCGAUCCGCCCGCAAGAUCGCUACAAAUCCGCAUUCAAGACACGAUACGGGCAUUUUGAGUGGAUCGUUAUGGCUUUUGGCCUCACCAAUGCCUCGACGACCUUUCAAGCGACAAUGACCAACGAGUACCUUGCGAUGUUGGACCGGUUCGUACUAGUCUACUUAGACGACAUUCUCGUCUAUAGCUGGACAUUGGAGGAUCAUCUUGAGCACCUUCGACGAGUGUUGGAGACGCUCCGCCGCGCCAAGUACAAAGCCAACCGCGACAAGUGCGAAUUUGUCUGGCAAGAGCUGGAAUACUUGGGCCAUUUUGUCACACCGGAGUGCAUCACUCCGUUGUCAGACAAGAUUCAAGCCAUCCAAGAGUGGUCGGAGCUGAAGAACGUCACAAAUGUUCAUUCCUUCCUUGGCUUAGCCGACUACUAUCAACGCUUCAUCAAGGGAUACUUCGAGAUCGUGGCCCCUUUAUCCAAGCUUCAAUGUGAGGACCGACCAUUCAACUUCGACGACAAUGCGGGAACUUUCUUUUUGGCUCUCAAAGCUACAUUGCUAUCCACGGAGGUGUUGCGCACCUACGACCCGCUCCUGCCGACACGUGUCACUACUGAUGCGUCCGCUAUGGCAUUGGUGCCGUCCUCGAGCAACAUGAUGGCGUGGAAUGGCACCCGAUCGAGUACUUUAGCAAGAAAGUGACCGCCGUGCACUCGAUGGACGAUGCACGAAAGAAGGAAUUAUUGGCCUUCGUACACGCGCUCAAGCGCAGG